AAGACAUUUAAUAUCAUAUCAUACUACCUUGUAAUUUACCAAAGAUAUACUACAACAAAAUUUUCUCGAAUCAUGGUUCCAGAUUUCAAUAAUCAACACCAAAUUCAAUUCGAUUCGACUUCAGUAACCUUGUUAUGUACAGUAAAAAAUUAAUUAAUUGAAUACUCUUUCAAAAAAAAUCAUAAUACAAAGCAUAUAAAUCAUAAAUUGCUUUUUAACAUACUAUAUAUGAAUUCAUGAAAUGUUUGACUUACCAAAACCGACCCAGUAAAAUUCUGCACUAUUUCAUUUUCAAUUACAGCUGCUACUACAAAAACUAGGCAAUCAUUUUUUGUGCUAGACGAGAAACGUCUAAAAUUGCCAACUGUCUGUGUUCCUCACGCCACACACAUACGCAUACGCAUAUACAGAGAGAGAGAGAGAAGAGAGAGAGAGAGAGAGGCGCGGAGUUUUGUGUGAAUAGAGAGUGUUGUUCUGGUCAGAUCGAGUCAACUGAAGAUGCCUUCUCGCCGGCGAACUCUUUUGAAAGUCAUUAUCCUCGGCGACAGCGGGGUUGGAAAGACCUCGUUGAUGAAUCAAUAUGUGAAUAAGAAGUUCAGCAAUCAGUACAAAGCAACUAUUGGAGCUGAUUUCUUGACAAAGGAAGUGCAGUUUGAAGAUCGGCUCUUUACUUUACAGAUUUGGGACACUGCUGGCCAAGAGAGAUUUCAGAGUCUUGGUGUUGCCUUCUACCGCGGUGCUGAUUGUUGUGUCCUUGUUUAUGAUGUAAAUUCAAUGAAGUCAUUUGAAAACUUAAACAACUGGAGAGAAGAGUUCUUAAUUCAGGCCAGCCCAUCCGAUCCAGAAAAUUUUCCAUUUGUUGUGCUGGGGAACAAAGUUGAUGUUGAUGGUGGAAAUAGUAGAGUGGUGUCUGAGAAAAAGGCUCGGGCCUGGUGCGCGUCGAAGGGCAAUAUUCCCUACUUUGAGACUUCAGCUAAGGAAGGCACCAACGUAGAAGAGGCUUUCCAAUGCAUUGCUAAGAAUGCCCUGAAGAGCGGAGAGGAGGAAGAAAUAUAUUUGCCCGACACCAUUGAUGUUGCCGCUAGCAGUCAGCAGAGGACAGGUGGAUGUGAGUGCUAAACAGCUAUAAUUUCCGAGGUGAUGAUAAUCUUUGCAGCUUAAAAGAAUUGGAUUCCUGUGCCCCUCGUUUUAUUGUUUGCUUCUCUUGGUGUGCUUAUCCCCGUAGAUUAUCAAGUUGUGCCUGUAUAUUAGCUUUUGCACGGGGAGCUGGUUGGUUUCUUAGUGCUUGAAUUCUGUUGGUGCUAUUUUCACUUCGAUAAACCUUCAAGAUUUGCUGGAUUCAUAUUCACCUCACUGGUGAAAGCUCUCGCUUUACAAUAAUCUCUUCAGUUGAUUUGUUUUACCUCA